CUGACAAAUUUGCAAACAUUGUCUAAGUUUAUUGUGGGGAAAGGUAAUGGGUCGAGCAUACAAGAAUUGAAGCACUUGUUGGAUCUUCAAGGAGAACUUUCCAUUCAAGGAUUGCAUAAUGUGAGAAAUACUCGAGAUGCAAUGGAUGCUUGUUUAAAGAAUAAGUGCCACAUUGAAGAACUAACAAUGGGAUGGAGUGGUGAUUUUGAUGAUUCACGAAAUGAAUUGAAUGAAAUGCUUGUGCUCGAGUUGCUGCAACCUCAAAGAAAUCUGAAAAAGCUCACAGUUGAGUUCUAUGGAGGACCAAAAGUCCCAAGCUGGAUAGGGAAUCCUUCAUUCUCAAAAAUGGAGUCCCUGACCCUUAAAAAUUGUGGAAAAUGCACAUCGCUACCAUGUCUUGGACGACUAUCUCUACUCAAAGCCUUGCGCAUUCAAGGAAUGUGUAAAGUUAAAACCAUAGGUGAUGAAUUUUUUGGGGAGGUCUCUCUUUUCCAGCCUUUUCCAUGCUUGGAGUCUCUAAGGUUUGAGGAUAUGCCAGAAUGGGAAGACUGGUGUUUUUCUGAUAUGGUUGAGGAAUGUGAAGGAUUAUUUUCUUGCCUUCGAGAGCUUAGAAUAAGGGAAUGUCCCAAACUGACUGGAAGCUUGCCCAAUUGCCUACCUUCUCUGGCAGAGCUCGAAAUUUUUGAAUGCCCAAAGUUGAAGGCUGCACUUCCAAGACUUGCAUAUGUUUGUAGCUUAAACGUUGUAGAAUGUAAUGAGGUUGUGUUGAGAAACGGGGUUGAUCUGAGCUCCCUCACUACACUAAACAUUCAGAGAAUUUCCAGAUUAACUUGUCUAAGGGAAGGAUUUACCCAGUUGUUAGCAGCCCUUCAAAAACUGGUGAUAAGAGGAUGUGGGGAGAUGACAUCUUUGUGGGAGAACAGAUUUGGAUUAGAAUGCCUUCGGGGUCUUGAAAGUAUAGAUAUCUGGCAGUGCCAUGGACUUGUAUCCUUGGAGGAGCAAAGACUGCCGUGCAAUCUCAAACAUUUGAAAAUAGAAAACUGUGCUAACCUGCAGAGGCUGCCUAAUGGUCUGCAACGUCUCACAUGUCUUGAAGAGUUGUCAUUACAGAGUUGCCCCAAACUGGAGUCAUUUCCAGAGAUGGGCUUGCCACCGAUGCUGAGAAGUCUCGUGCUGCAGAAAUGCAACACUCUGAAGUUACUGCCUCAUAAUUACAACUCAGGUUUCCUUGAAUAUUUGGAGAUUGAACACUGCCCAUGCCUCAUUAGCUUUCCAGAAGGUGAGCUGCCUGCCUCACUUAAGCAACUGAAGAUCAAGGAUUGUGCAAAUCUACAGACUCUGCCAGAGGGAAUGAUGCACCACAAUUCUAUGGUUAGCAACAACUCUUGUUGUCUUGAAGUCUUGGAGAUCAGAAAAUGUUCAUCCCUUCCAUCCCUUCCAACAGGCGAGCUACCCUCCACCCUUAAGCGGCUUGAGAUAUGGGACUGCAGGCAAUUUCAACCAAUUUCAGAGAAGAUGCUGCACAGCAAUACCGCACUUGAACAUUUGUCCAUUUCCAAUCAUCCAAACAUGAAAAUCCUUCCAGGAUUCCUCCACAGUCUCACGUAUCUCUAUAUAUAUGGUUGUCAAGGUCUUGUGUCCUUUCCAGAAAGGGGCUUGCCCACUCCCAAUCUCAGAGACCUUUAUAUUAACAACUGUGAGAACCUGAAGUCCCUUCCUCAUCAAAUGCAGAACCUUUUAUCUCUUCAAGAACUGAAUAUUAGGAAUUGUCAGGGCUUGGAGUCAUUUCCAGAAUGCGGUUUGGCCCCCAACCUUACUUCGCUCUCAAUCAGAGAUUGUGUGAAUCUGAAGGUGCCAUUAUCUGAAUGGGGCCUCCACAGGCUCACUUCUCUUUCAUCACUGUACAUUUCCGGUGUAUGUCCAAGUCUGGCAUCUCUUUCAGAUGAUGACUGUCUUCUUCCUACAACUCUGAGCAAACUUUUUAUCAGUAAGCUGGAUUCCCUGGCCUGUCUGGCUCUCAAAAACCUCUCUUCCCUUGAAAGGAUAUCCAUCUACAGAUGCCCUAAGCUCCGGUCCAUUGGGCUGCCUGAAACGCUAUCAAGACUUGAAAUAAGGGAUUGCUAACAACAUCCCAAGAUGAAUUCUGCGCCCUGUAUAAAAAACGGGAAAAAAACUCACUCAGGCUUGGAUGGGCGGUGGCUUUUGACAGCAUCACCGGCUUAUGGCUAAAACUGAGUGUAAAAUCUCUUGCCCUGCUUAAGCUGUUUUGUUCUUAUUUGUUUCAGAUCAAGGAAGCCGUUCAAUGACUCAUUUGUCGUUUGCAUUGUGUUUUUCCCUCCUUCAACAAGGAAGGAAAGAAAUAAAGAAGAAAAGAAACAUAUGAAAUCCAAAAUUUCCGAACAUUAAGCAGCAAAUUCACAUGGUGAUGGUAGGAAGAAAAGAAUGAUGAAGGUGGUCAGUGCUUAUCAGGACUUGUUUUUCUGGUUUCUGCUAUUGUACACAAGCAUGAAUAUGUAUGCUAU